CAUGCGCACUUACUAAUUUGUGUAUUCAAAAUAUUGGGAAGCCGCUAGGAUUUAUGAUUCAAACUUAUCUUGUAUCAAGUUAGAGUUCAUAUCAAAAAAUUAGGUGUUUGAUUGACAGAUGGAUGUGAUAACAGAUUUGACAUGAAGUACUUGUUUUACUUUGACAUUAGGUCACUUACUUGGAGAAAUGGUGAAGGAGUGGUUCAUCUGGAAUAAUUUUCCUGUAGAUUAGGUUGCAACUAAAACAAAUGAUAUCGAUCAUCUAGAGGCUUCAAAAUGAAACCUGGAAUGAUGGAGCGAACAUCUACUCCAAUACGGCCGGUUAAGGCUAAGCCUAUAUCUACCACAACACCAACAGCAAUGAAACAUUCACAUUCAGCUAACUCAGAUCUGAGUUCUGUAGCUAAGACAAGAACUCCCGUUAGGACUGUUGCUUCCCCUUUAGGAAAACCUUUCCUCAGUAAAAGUCAUGAAAACUUAUCUAGUCAUCAGAAGAGGAAGCUGUCAGCUUACAUUGACCAUCGGCCAAAAUCUAGUCUUGGGAUUCCGAAAGGUACAGACCCUAAAAAGAGCAGCAAUAAAGAAAAUCUGAAUAAGCACAAAAAUGAUGGAUUUGCAAAACCUAAACCUGUAAAGGCUAUGCCUCUUACACCGAUUAGGAAAGCAUCUAGUAUUCAGCACAUUGAUAAGACAAGCAAUUCAUCCACCAAGACCAUGGCAGCUUUUAAUAGAAUGCAGAGUAUAAAAAGAGCACACAGUACUCAGAAUGUCAGUAAGGACAAGUUGUCAAGGAAACGGACUUCUGCUCCUGCUGAUGUCAUGGCUUACAAUGCAGAACUUUUGGCAAAUUUUGAAAAAGACAAAAAAUUAUUGGAAAAGAGAAUUUCAGAAUUGAUACAAGUGACAGAAAACAGAAAAGCUGAAAUUGAAAAAUAUAAAUAUGAAACGAAAAGAUUGAAAGAACAAAUACCAUCACAUGAUCUUAAGGACGAACUUGGAUUUUUGAAAAAGGAAAAUCAGAUGAUGAAAGAUCAACUGAAAGAACUUGGACAUCCAUAUGAACAAAUCACUGACACUGAAAAAUUAUCAAAACUACAGAAAAACAAUAAUAAUUCAAAUAAGAGUAAAGCUUCAGAAGGAGCAAUUGGAGAAGUUGCUGUACCUAAGAGUAUGAGCUGUGACAGUUUAUCUACUGAUGGAGUCCGUGCUGUUGCAUUCUCUGUCGGCAAAGAUGAUCAUGUGGAGAGAGAUAGGGCUGUGUCAAUGACAACGUCGGAACCGGGAAUGUUUUUCGAUCAUUGCAGUACACCAGAACAUCCAUCUGGUUUCGCUGAUCACCACUGGGACAAAGCUAGUAGUAAGAGUAGUGAUGGUUUGAGUGAAAUUUCUGUCGUCUGCUUGACUGAAAGAAUUUUACAAAUGGAGGAGAGUCACUAUAGUACAAAUGAAGAACUUCAAGCUACGUUACAAGAACUUGGUGAUCUUCAACACAGUGUGAACGAACUAACGGAUGAUAAUGAACAAUUAACGAGUGAAAAAUUUAUCCUGCUCGAAUCUUUGUGCACACAGACAGAAAAAUUAGAACAUUGUCGGACUCAAAUUGAGCAACUUAAAGCUUUACUCAUUAGUGGGAAUUUCCCAGAAAGAUCAGAAAGGGAGCAGCAAUUGUUGGAACUAUUAAAGUGUGCUCAGGAAGAACGGGAGGAAUUGUUACGCAAACAAAUUGAACUGUCUAAUGCGCUAAAUGCUUAUGAUCACGAGCAUAAAGAGUUGCAGGAUGUUAAUGAUGCUCUCAGAGAUAAAGUUCAGCUCUUGGAGGAUAAAAAUAGUGCUUUGAAGGCUGAAAAGGAGAUGCAAGAAGUUACUAUAAUAGAAUUUAAACAGUCUGUAGCAAAUGAAAAGAUUGAAGUCGAUCAUUUCAAGACAUUACUUGAAAAUGAGAAAACUAAAGUGAAGGAACUGGAACAAUGUUUGAAAACUGACAAUCAGUCUGAACUGGAGGAAGUAUUACAUAAAACCCGACAAGAAAAAGACAAAAUCGAAGAGAAACUGGCAAAUAUGAAGGAAGUGUUGUUACAUACGCAAAGUGAAAUGUCAAGAGUAAAAGAAAUCUGUCAACAAAAAGAUGAGGAAAUUAAAUCGUUGAAAAAUAAUUCUAGAAGUAGUGUUAGUAGUUUGGAAUUUAAAGUUGAUAAAUUAGAAAAGGAAAAGUCUGAAAAUCAAAAUCAAAAUGAAUCGUUGAGAGAGCAUAUCGAUCAAUUAGAACAAGACUGUGAACAGUAUUUAAAUGAGAAAAAGGAAUAUUUGAAAGAAUUGAAAGAAGCUAAGUCACAGUUAAAGGAGAUUCAAUCUCAGAAAUCUGCAAUGGAGGUUGAAUUGAGUGAAGUGAAAGGAAAGUAUUGUGAAGAAACCGAGGAAUGGAAACAAUUUCAGAAAGAUUUACAAACGGCUGUGCUUGUUGCAAACGACUUCCGUGUUGAGACGCAGGAUGACAUGGAACAAUUGCAACACGACAAUGCUCAGUUGAAAGAAAAGUGCAAUAAACUAAACAGUGAAAUUGAUCGCUACAAUAUUGAAAUGGAAAAUAUGAAAUCUCAAAAGUUUGUUGAGGAGAAAAUUACUUCUAAAUCCAUUUUAUCUGCAGAAUUGAAGGGCAAAGUCAUCAACACUGUUGAUAAGGAGUUAGGUUCCCUGAGCAUGCUGAGAGCCAAAAAUGACAAAAAUCAAAUUCAGUCUGUUAAAACUUUAAUUCGUUCAAUUGAGGAACAAGUGAAAAGUGGAUGUUCAUCAAUACAUUCUAGUACAAGUAAUUCCAGGAGAAAUUCUGAUGCUAAUGAAAGCUGCAGUCCCAUCUCUGGAAUGAGGGAAUUUCAUGACAGUGUCAAAUCUCCAACUUCUCCAAUCAAGGAGAAUUUAUUGAAUGUGACAUCUCCUGAAGUGACACUACGGUCAGUGCUUAAGAAAGCUGACCGACCACCACCACUAAGACAUUCUAUGACGUGUAUCCCGUUUGAUGCUCCUCGGUCGCCGGGAGAUGUUCCUCCAAAGUCAGCACCACCCAUUUCUAAGUCAGAUACAUCUCCUUCGAUUACAUCUAUUCUAACUAGACCACCAGUUAGAAGGAGUAGUGGAGUCACUGUUGGCAUAGAGGCAGAUAAGAAGGAAGGUGCUUCUAAAGAUCCUCUCACAGGCUUGGCUAAACAGAUGGGAGGCUCCAAAAGGAAUGCUCUGUUGAAGUGGUGUCAACAAAAAACACUUCCGUAUAAUGGAGUGGACAUAACUAAUUUUAGCAGUAGCUGGAACGAUGGGUUAGCUUUCUGUGCCUUGCUCCAUAGUUACCUUCCAGAAAAGAUUCCUUAUGCUGAACUCAAUUCGGAGGAUAAGAGAAAGAAUUUUACACUGGCAUUUGCAGCUGCAGAGAGUGUAGGAAUAAAUUCUUCUGUCCUGCACAUAAAUGACAUGGUAUCAAUAGAGAGACCUGAUUGGCAGGCGGUUAUGUCUUAUGUUACAUCUAUAUACAAAUACUUUGAAGUUGACAGCAAGUCAUGAAAAAGGGAGGAAAAAGAGAAGAGAUUUACACAAAUUUGUCACUGAUGGUGCUACUGUGGAUAAAGUGGAUACAAAGGGAAUGCUAGAAAAGGGAGAUAACUUGAUGAUGUGGUUAUUUUAAUAUCUGUAACACAAUUUACUUAUACCGGAUGGAUAUCAUUUUUCUUUACCAUAAUUUUCGAUUUUUGCAAAUUGUUAUUUAUCAAUUUUUAUUGAUAAAGUAAAUGUUAAUGAUGUUGAAUUGUCUGAUAUUCUUAAUUUUAAAUUUCCAAUGCUUGAGGAUUUAAAAUUUUGUGGUCAGACUG